AUGAGUUUAACAGCUACUAGCAAAAAUGUGGUACUACUACUUGGGUCUAGAAGUAUAAAAAUAGGCUAUGAAGGUGCACACCAUCCGCUUGGAACUUUCAGUGUCCACAAUUUUGCCGAACCUCAGAAUUAUAAAACAGAAGCUCUCUACAGAGAUCAUUCAAUGGAUUGGUCAAAAAUAGUAUGCAAUAAUACCGAGACGGUUACACAGAAUCAUAUGAAAAAUGAUUUGGAUUGCUUUCAGUACCUAUUCUACCCGGACUUAUCAGUAUAUGAUAGUCUUGACAAAUUCAGAUCAGAUUUGAAAAUACACUUACGGAAAAUAUUAACUAAAAUUUUUUACAAAGUUGGGAUACCCACUAUAAAUACAAAGGUUAUACUUGCCAUUGAUGUGCUUUUUCCGAAGAUAUACAUCGAAACAACCACUGAUCUGCUGAUUAAGCAUUUUUUGAUGCGUGCAAUAGUAAUUGUGCCUACACCAUUGAUGGUCACGUUAGCCUCAGGUUCUUCAUCAGGUUUGGUUAUUGACAUAGGAUGGUCAGUUACCAAAAUAAAUGUUGUUUAUGACAAUCGGCUACUUGAAAACUUUUCAAAAAUUACGAAUCGUGCAGGCAGAAUGAUCCAUUAUCAACUGUUAAGUGUUUUAGAGUCACGGAACUACGAUUUAUCCAAGAUUACUUUUAAGGACAUCGAGCAUGCAAUAAUGGAAUUAUCGUCUAUAACAGACAACGAGAGUAGGCUUGUUAGCUGUGGCCCUUAUUUUCUGCAUGCUAACUUAUUAACAAAUGCCAUAAAGACCGUGUUGGUUCCCGAAGAAAACACAUUAUGUGAAAGUGACGACCGAUAUAUUGAGGAUUUGGCUAUAGAAUUAAUUGAGCAAUUGCCGAUUGACCUGAAGAAUAUAAUAGCGAAAAGAACUAUAAUAACUGGUGGUUUCUCUAAUAUUAAGGGUUUCAAUCAAAUGAUCAUAGGUAGGAUCGUAUCGCUUAACAGAAAUUUGGAAAGCAUUGACACAAUCGGAGCUUGGUGUGGAGCAAGCUUGUAUUCCACUUUUUUGAAACAGUUAAAGAAAAAGAACCAUUUGUGGGAAAUAAGAAAGGAGGAAUAG